AUGUCACAGAGAAUAAAUGUAAGCCGUUUAAAUCCAAAGACAACUGAACAAGAUUUUGAACGUUUUUGUACACGUUUUGGAAAAGUAAUUGAAUGUGCUAUUUUUCCAGAAUUUGAUAGAUUAAACAAACGUUCAGGUUAUGUUAAAUUUACUUCAUGUUAUGCAGCCGAAAAAAUGUGUCGUCACUCUCGUAAAGAAACACUUUAUCUUGAUGAUACAUCAAUUCAUAUUGAACUUGAUCAUAAAAAUAAUCUAUUAUUACAUGACAAACCUAAACAAAAUUCAAAUAUUUCACAUAAAAAAUCUCAUUUUACUUCAACAAUUUAUACAUUAAAUAUCGAAGGUCAGAUAACAGAUGAAGAAGAGUUAAUUCAAUACUUAAAUAGUAAACCAAUAACUAUAAAAUUUAAUGAAAUAACGAAUAAUAUUGGGCAAAUAAUUAAAACUGGUGCACAAGUUACUUAUAAUGAUAAAGAUGUAGUGGAUCGUAUUCUCAAACAAAAUCAUAAAAAAUAUAGUAUUAAACUUGCGUCUAAUAAUAUUUCAAUUAAACGUGAAUAUGAUUGUGAACCAAAAAUUAAUCCAAAACGUUCGAAAUCAUCUGAAAAUACUUAUUCAUCAAUAAAGUCUCAUCUUGAAAGUUUAACAAAAUUAACUCGUGAUAUGCAUGAAGAAAAUGAACAUUUAAAAAGUGAUAAAACUCUAUUAACAAUAGCACUUAAUCAACAUACAACAAGAGUGAAACAAAUUGAAUCGGAUAAAUCUGAUUUAAUGGAAUCAUUAGAUAAAACUCAUGAUAUAGCAAAAUGUUUAACAAAUAAAUAUAAAUUACGUGAAGAAGAACAUAAAAAAAGUCUUGAAGAAUCAAAUAAAAAAAUUGUCGAAUUUGAAAGUAUAAUUCAAACAACUAAUGAUACAUUAACACAAUCUAUAAAUGAAAUACAACGUUUAAAAAAUCAAAUAACAACACUUGAAAAUCAAUUACAAGCAUUAACUGAUAAAUAUAAUCAAUCCGAAUCGUUAUUUCAAGAUCAACAACAAGAUAUUGAACAUUUCCUUUCUUCAUUAAAAAGAAACUUUUGA